AUGUCUCUCGAAAACAAUCUUACCCUCGACAUCCUUAGGAAAGCCGAAGCUGGAGGCUAUGGUAUCGUGGCUCAAACAUGCUACGACGCAGGUAUGGCCAGAGGUCUCGUACGAGCCGCUGAGCGAAACAAGUCGCCAGCUAUCCUUCAACUGUUCCCCAUCACCUUGCAAGCUGGAAAGGGACCUUUCUUGCAAUACUGUUUGACUCUUGCUCACAACGCCUCUGUUCCUGUUGCCGUCCACCUCGACCACGCUACCGACGCAGAGCACCUGGAACUCUCAAUCGGUCUAGCAGAGAAAGAAGGAAUCAAAUUCGAUAGUAUCAUGGUAGAUGCUAGUCAUGCAGAUAACGAAGCUGAGAACAUCGCAAUUGCCGUACCAUACAUCAAGCGAUGCGUUGCUCAGGGGAUCGCAACAGAAGUGGAAUUGGGUAGAUUGGAAGGUGGUGAAGCUGGUUUGAGAGAAAUCACAGGUGGAAUGUUGACUGAUCCUGCCAAUGCUGAACAUUUCAUGAAAGAGACCGGUGCUCACAUCUUAGCCCCUUCAUACGGUAACUUGCAUGGAAGCUACAAAUUCAUUGGUGGACCCAAAUACAAACUUGAAAUCUUGCAAGAUCUACAGAAGCGAUUCAAAGAUCGAAUCCCCUACCUAUGUGCCCACGGUACAGACGAACUUCCAGAUGAGCUGUUCCAAGAUCUCGUCAAGAGUGGUGUAUCAAAGUUCAACAUCAAUUCCUGGGCUCGAGAUCCAUACGCCGAGACUCUGUCCAAAGCUUUAGCGUCCAAACCCUUCCCAGAUUCAGAGGAGGAAGCUAUAGAAGCUUUCGCAAAGGUUUGUGAUCGAUUCAUGAACCUUCUCGGAUCUAGUGGAAAAGCAUAG